ACAUUUUACGCCACUGGAGCAUUCCAAAUUGUAAUUGGAGACCUAGUGGGCAUUCAUGAAAGUCAAGUGUGUCGCUUAAUUCAGAAUGUCUCUGAAGUUAUAUGUUCAUGGAUUCGCAAAUACAUAUAUUUCCCCCACAGACGUGAUCACCCCAGAGUGAAGCAACAGCUCUCAGAGCUAUCACGUGAUAAUUUUCCUGGGAUCAUUGGAGCAAUAGAUUGCACCCAUAUCAGGAUAGUGUGUCCAAGGAAGGAGGAAGCAGAAAGAUACUGCAAUAGAAAAAGAUACUACUCAAUCAACUGUCAGGUAAUUUGUGAUGCUAACAUGAAAAUCACAAAUAUUGUGGCAAGAUGGCCUGGCUCAUACCAUGACAGUAGAAUUUUUCGAAAUUCGGUAAUAAAAGAGGUGUUGGAGAGUGGCACCUUCUCUGGA